AUGGACACUCCCAUUAAGUGUUUAUAUUGUGAUAAGAUCUUUGCUCAGCGUAAAUCGCUGUACGUGCAUUGUCGGAAAUUUCACGACACAGAUGUAGUACCAGUGAAAGAUUUGCAAUGUGAAGUAUGUCAUAAAGGUUUUUCAACCCCUAAAACAUUGAGUGUGCAUGUAAAAAAGUUCCAUGAUGAAAUUGAUACGAACAAAACCAAAAAAAAUCAAACAAGAAUAAUUUGCCCCUAUGACAAGUGUGUAGUCGAAUUAUUAACAUUUGUUAAACAAAGACAGCAUUUGUGCGAUGUGCAUGGCUUUGAUGUGAAAUUGGAAAAUAUUAAUUUUUGUGAUAUCUCAGAAUUUGAUUCUUGGAAACGAGAAAUGGAACAACGGACAUCAACAAUGUACAUACUUGAUAGAGCUGCAUCAGAAUUAAGUGAUGGAAAUACAAGGCAAUUUUACUAUUGCCAUCGCUCUUACAGUUACCGAAAACAAGGUAACAAUGUUAGAGAAAUCAAAUCUAUGGGUAGUAAUAAAAUUGAACGAGCCUGUCCAUCAUUGCUAAAAGUUACUAUUUCCAAAUUUGAUGGAAAAGUGUCCACAUCAUUUUGGAAAACUCACUGUGGGCAUGAACUAGAAAUUGGUCGAAUUCGGUUGGAUGAUGAGACAAGAACAAUUAUUGCUGGUAAGUGCUACUUUUUAUUUUAA